CGAUGUUUUUGCGUUUGCCCCUCCCCCCUCCUUGAAGUGCCGUUUCGGUUUAAUCUAGUGUGACUGAGUGUGAGGGAGCGAGUGUGAGUGUGUGUGUGUGUGAGGUAUUGAGGUGAGGCAGAGACUAGAAAAGGGGGCUCCCUCAGGAGCGAGGGACAAAGGGGGCGUGAGUCACCUCAGCCGCGGGACCCCGGCGACAGGAAGCUGCUCUGAAGCGGGCCACCGGGAAGGGGAAGGGCCCUCGCAGUGCUCACAGGGCCCCAGAGCCGGAGUCGGCCCCGCAGGCUUUCUACUUCCUCGAGCUCCCGGCAGCCGGGCCUGAGGAGAGUGGCUCGGCGGGGCGCGGGGAAGGACGAGCUCUCGCAGGUCCGCCGCGAGGAACUCCAGUCUCCUUCGCCCCGUCUCCCCGCGCCUCAUGUAGGAGGGCGCCGAGGCGGCGGGAGGGGGAGGAGCCCGGCCGCGCGUCCCUUCCCUCCCAGCCCCUGCGAGGGGCGCUCGGGGGGCGUGCAGUUGGGCCGGGGACGGGAGGGGCGGCUUCCUGCGGCGCCGGGGAACUUCUCCCCGUCUUCGGGCCGGGGCGAAGGUAAUGCCCAAUUCCGAGAGACAUGGGGGCAAGAAGGACGCGAGUGGAGGAGCUUCUGGAACUUCGCAGCCGUCAUCGGGAGGUGGCAGCGCGAACAGCAGAGAGCGUCACCGCUUGGUGUCGAAGCACAAGCGGCACAAGUCCAAGCACUCCAAAGACAUGGGCUUGGUGACCCCAGAAGCAGCACCCUUGGGCACAGUUAUCAAACCUUUGGUGGAGUACGAUGACAUCAGCUCUGAUUCAGACACCUUCUCUGACGACAUGGCCUUCAAAUUAGACAGGAGGGAGAACGAAGACCGUCGUGGGACGGAUCGGAGCGACCGCCUGCACAGACAUCGUCACCACCAGCACAGACGUUCCCGGGACUUGCUAAAAACAAAACAGACCGAGAAAGAAAAGAACCAGGAAGUCUCCAGCAAGUCGGGGUCGAUGAAGGACCGGACCUCAGGAAGUUCCAAGCGUUCAAAUGAGGAGAAUGAUGACUAUGGGAAGGCGCAGCUGUCCAAAAGCAGCAGCAAGGAAUCGAGGUCGUCCAAGCUCCAUAAGGAGAAGACCCGGAAGGAACGCGAGCUGAAGUCUGGACACAAGGACCGGGGUAAAAGUCAUCGGAAAAGGGAAACACCCAAAAGUUACAAAACGGUGGACAGCCCCAAACGGAGGUCCCGGAGCCCCCACAGGAAAUGGUCUGACAGCUCCAAACAAGAUGACAGCCCCUCCGGCGCCUCUUACGGCCAAGAUUAUGACCUUAGUCCCCCGAGAUCUCACACCUCUAGCAAUUACGACUCCUACAAGAAGAGUCCUGGAAGUACCUCAAGAAGGCAGUCGAUCAGCCCACCUUACAAGGAGCCUUCUGCCUACCAGUCCAGCACCCGGUCGCCCAGUCCUUACAGUAGGCGACAGAGGUCUGUGAGCCCCUAUAGUCGGAGACGGUCGUCCAGCUAUGAAAGGAGCGGCUCUUACAGCGGGAGAUCACCCAGUCCCUAUGGUCGAAGACGAUCCAGCAGCCCUUUCCUGAGCAAGCGGUCUCUGAGUCGGAGCCCCCUCCCCAGUAGGAAAUCCAUGAAGUCCAGAAGUAGAAGUCCUGCAUAUUCAAGACAUUCAUCUUCCCAUAGUAAAAAGAAGAGAUCCGGGUCACGAAGUCGUCAUUCCAGUAUCUCACCUGUCAGGCUUCCACUGAAUUCCAGCCUGGGAGCUGAACUCAGUAGAAAAAAGAAGGAAAGAGCUGCUGCAGCAGCAGCAGCAAAAAUGGAUGGAAAGGAGUCCAAGGGUUCACCUGUAUUUUUGCCUAAAAAAGAGAAUAGUUCAGUGGAGGCUAAGGAUUCAGGCUUAGAGUCUAAAAAGUUACUCAAAAGUAUAAAAUUGGAAAAAUGUGGCCCAGAUACUGAACUGCUAAAUGUAACACAUUCAAACAUAGAGGUCAAAAAUUCUUUAGAUACAGGGAAAGUAAAGUUGGAUGAGAACUCUGAGAAGCAUCCUGUUAUGAAAGAUUUGAAAGUACAGGGAACAAAAGACUCUAAACCCACAACACUGAAAGAGGAGACUAUUACUCCAAAGGAGCCAGAGAUACCAGAAAAGGAGACCCCUCCACCUCUCCCCACAGUUACCUCUCCGCCUCCUUUACCAACUACCACCCCUCCCCCUCAGACACCCCCAUUACCACCUUUGCCUCCACUACCAGCUGUUCCACAGCAACCACCUCUGCCUCCUUCUCAACCAACAUUUAGUCAGGUUCCUGCUCCCAGUACUUCAACUUUGCCCUCUUCUACUCACCCAAGGACAUCUACUCUAUCCUCUCAGGCAAAUUCUCAGCCCCCUGUACAGAUUUCUGUGAAGACUCAAGUUUCUGUAACAGCUGCUAUUCCACAUCUGAAAACUUCAACAUUGCCUCCUCUGCCUCUGCCACCCUUGUUACCUGGAGACGAUGACAUAGAUAGUCCAAAAGAAACUCUUCCUUCAAAACCUGUAAAGAAAGAGAAGGAACAGAGGACACGACAUUUACUCACAGACCUUCCUCUCCCUCCUGAGCUCCCUGGUGGAGACCCAUCUCCCCCAGAGUCUCCAGAGCCAAAGGCAAUUACACCACCUCAGCAACCAUUUAAAAAGAGACCAAAGAGAGCUAGUAGCUCUGAAGAAGGUGAGACUAGACAAUGAGAAAGAGGGCUUCCCAAUCACAGCUAUCCGUGAGAUCAAAAUUCUUCGUCAGUUAAUCCACCGAAGUGUUGUUAACAUGAAGGAAAUUGUCACAGAUAAACAGGAUGCACUGGAUUUCAAGAAAGACAAAGGUGCCUUUUACCUUGUAUUUGAGUAUAUGGACCAUGACUUAAUGGGACUGCUCGAAUCUGGUUUGGUGCACUUUUCUGAGGACCACAUUAAAUCAUUCAUGAAACAGCUAAUGGAAGGACUGGAUUACUGUCACAAAAAGAAUUUCCUACAUCGGGAUAUUAAGUGUUCAAACAUUUUGCUGAAUAACAGUGGACAAAUUAAAUUAGCAGAUUUUGGACUUGCUCGGCUGUAUAACUCUGAAGAGAGUCGCCCUUACACGAACAAAGUCAUUACUCUGUGGUACCGACCUCCAGAGCUGCUGCUGGGAGAGGAACGUUACACACCAGCCAUUGAUGUUUGGAGCUGUGGGUGCAUCCUUGGGGAACUGUUCACAAAGAAGCCUAUUUUUCAAGCUAAUCUGGAAUUGGCUCAGCUAGAACUGAUCAGCCGUCUCUGUGGUAGCCCUUGUCCAGCUGUGUGGCCUGAUGUUAUCAAGCUGCCCUACUUCAACACCAUGAAACCAAAGAAGCAAUACAGGCGGCGUCUGCGAGAGGAAUUCUCUUUUAUUCCUUCAGCUGCACUUGAUUUAUUGGAUCACAUGCUGACACUGGAUCCUAGCAAGCGCUGCACGGCAGAACAGACUCUACAGAGUGACUUCCUUAAAGAUGUGGAGCUCAGCAAGAUGGCUCCGCCAGACCUUCCUCACUGGCAGGAUUGCCAUGAAUUGUGGAGUAAGAAACGACGACGACAGCGACAAAGUGGUAUUGUGGUGGAAGAGCCACCUCCGUCCAAAGUUUCUCGGAAAGAAACUACCUCAGGGACAAGUGCUGAGCCUGUGAAGAGCAGUAGCCCAGCACCACCUCAGCCUGCUGCUGGCAAAGUGGAGCAGCCUGGGGCUGGGGAUUCAGUAGGCAUUGGUGACAUCACACAGCAGCUGAAUCAAAGUGAAUUAGCAGUGUUAUUGAACCUGCUGCAUAGCCAAACUGACCUGAGCAUCCCUCAAAUGGCACAGCUGCUUAACAUCCACUCUAACCCGGAGAUGCAGCAGCAGCUGGAAGCCCUCAACCAAUCCAUCAAUGCCCUGACAGAAGCCACUUCCCAGCAGCAGAACUCAGAGCCCAUAGCCCCAGAGGAGUCUUUGAAGGAGGCACUCCCUGCCCCAACAGCCCUGCCUUCAGCAGAACAGACAACCCCUGAAGCUUCAAGCACACCAGCUGACAUGCAGAAUAUGUUGGCAGUUCUCUUGAGUCAGCUGAUGAAAACCCAGGAGCCAGCAGGCAACUUAGAGGAAAACAACAGUGACAAGAAUAGUGGGCCACAGGGGCCCCGAAGAACUCCCACAAUGCCACAGGAGGAGGCAGCAGCAUGUCCUCCUCACAUUCUUCCACCAGAGAAGAGGCCCCCUGAACCCCCUGGACCUCCACCGCCGCCACCUCCACCCCCUCUGGUUGAAGGCGAUCUUUCCAGCGCCCCCCAGGAGUUGAACCCCGCCGUGACAGCCGCCUUGCUGCAACUUUUAUCCCAGCCUGAAGCAGAGCCUCCUGGCCACCUGCCACAUGAGCACCAGGCCUUGAGACCAAUGGAGUACUCCACCCGGCCCCAUCCAAACAGGACUUACGGAAACACUGAUGGGCCUGAAACAGGGUUCAGUGCCACUGACACUGAUGAACGCAGCUCUGGUCCAGCCUUGACAGAAUCCUUGGUCCAGACCCUGGUGAAGAACAGGACCUUCUCAGGCUCUGUGAGCCACGUUGGGGAGUCCAGCAGUUACCAGGGCACAGGGUGGCAACAGCAGCAGGGAUGGCCCUUGAGGAAUUUGGUGAUGUCCCUCAGUCGCUUUGCAUCCAGAGCCUGGAAAAUUCAGUCUCUGUCACAGAAGUUAGAGCCAGGUUCAGUGAACAAUUCUACCUGUCCAGACGCCGUGUGAGAUGCCAGAAGUAGAGGCCUACAGCCUGUGUCCUCCAUCCCCAGCGCCGAGUGGGUGCAUCACCUGCCCACCACCUCCACCCUCCUUGCCUGCUGGGAAGUGUGCUGCUCCUGCCCCACCCCUGAUGUGGAAACCAAGAUCCAGAGAGGGGAAUUGAGUGGGAUCCUGCCCGGGAGUUGCUUUGUGUUCCUGGAUUUGGAGACUUCCCGGAAGCAGGAAAAGGAAACCUAGGUAGGUGUGGAGGGAGGACAGUCAGGUGAAGAGGGUAAGUAGGAUCUUAGGGUCCACGGCCUGAAGUCUCCCAUCUCUGACCCCUGAGUCUUAGAAGCAGCAUGGCCAAGGCCUAAAGCUCAGUCCUUAACACCAAAAAAAAAAAAAAAAAAAAAUGGCCAGGGAGCAGAGUCAGGCAGGUGCAGACUCUACGGGGUGUUACUGGGAGACAGUGCCUUCACGUCGCCUGUCCAAGGGCCAUCCCAUACAUUCCCUUGCUUCCAAGGAGAUGGUUUCUGCAGCCCCACUCCAUGAGAUGUUGUCAUGGGCUCUCAGGUCUACAUGGACGGAAAUGGCAGCUACCCUAUCUCCUUCGCCAGAAAUAAAUCCCCCAACAAGGACUAGAUAUGAUGUCUUUUUGGGACUCUUAUCCCAAGUUUAUCUGCUGUAAGUGAAAGCACCGGAGACAGUCAUGUCAAAGGUGUAGUGAGAUGCGAUCUGACACCUCUCGUCUGUGUCUAAGCCUAGAACAGAGACAGAAUUCAAAUGCAGGGCCCUGGUUCCCCAGGUGACCUGGCCUGCACCUCUGAGACCCACUCUUGUGGCUUUGAUGCCUGGGCAGAAGGACAGCUGCUGCCGCCUUCCCCAUUCUUCUGCUCCCUUACUGUCCACCUGCUAGGGCUCAGGAAGGAAAGGUGAGGCAACAGGGAGCUUUCCACCAGGUGGCCAAAGGUAGUCUUUCUUGGCACCCUCCUCUUUGCUCAAAAUCUUUGAGACUUUGUUCUAAGCUUCCUGAGGCGAAGUUGGAGUAGAACAAGGAUGGCGCAGAGCUUGGAGGCAGAAGCCGUGUCACACUUCCCAGGCCCCCACACCUCCUCCCACCCCCAGAACUGCCUUCUCCUCCUCUGUCCUCGCCUUCUCCUCUACACCAGGCCCCGGGGCGGAGCAGGAUGGCCUCUCCAGUGCCAGCCGCCCACUGCCCUCCCUGAGACCCCCAGCCUGUUCACUUGCUGUCCAGUCCUCUGCCUGCUCCACGGCCUUGGGGUGUUGGGCCACUCGUGUCCCUGAGGACAGCCCAGAAAAACCCCUCCCAGGCCCGCUGCCUUCCUUCAGGGGCUCAGGGCUGCUGCUGGUGGAGAACUGUGCAGGGCUGGAAAGGAAGCUUCUGCUCUCGGACAUAUGAGGAAGCCUGCAAGUGGAGAAGACGGGGGACAUGCUAGCCCUUUGGGCAGGGACACUCACAGUGAAAGUCACUUGGAGGGUUUAUUAGUGGCAGCUUUCUCCACGCUGCCCUCUCUGCCUAGAACCCAAAGCAGUGGAGAAGAGCACGCAGCAAAGACUUGCUCUGGAGAAGCUGCCGCCCUCGCUCAGCCUCUGUCGCCCUUCUUCCCUCCCUGCUGCAGGGCUUGGGAGGGCCUAACUCCACCAUUCCAGGUUCUGGGUGUUUGCCUAGGGAACAGAGCCUCCCAGCCUCAGGCCCUGCCAGCCCUGCCUCAAGCACCCAGGGUUUCUGAGCCUGCAGUCUGAGCCUGGAGCCCGCUCUGGAGUCCAGGAGAAGCCUGGAGCUGUUUGAGGAAGGAGAGUGGACGAGCUGCAUGGGAGGCAGAGGUGCAGCGUCCAGAAUUCCCGCCUUCCAAAGGAAAGGAACAGGUCGAGGUGCACUGACCCGGGCAUAGCCUCCUUUCUACAGGACCCAUCCUCCUCCCUGGCCCAGGCGUUCCUCUCCUUUGGAGAACUGUAGGAACCCAAGCCUGUCACUUUGAUAGCUUGGGGGUGCUCAUGCAGGUCCCUCUGUGGAGCUCCCAGUGCUGGGGAAGGAAGGAGUGGAGGAGGCAGUGAAGAGGAGGGGAGGUGGCGGUGCAUGGUGCCCAUCAGCACCAAGGAGAGGAAACUGCCAGAGAGGGAGCCGCAGGAUAUGCCUGCCCAAAACGGCCUCCGUACCCCGCCCUCUCCUGCUGCCCUCAUGCCAGCGAGCUGUGUGCCCGAGUGCCAGCUCUCCUGGCUGGCACUCCUGUUCCGUGUGCAGGCAGUCGGCUCCCUGCCCCAGCACAGCACAUGCUGGGAUCUCUCACACUCCUUCACUCGCGCAUCUCCAUGUGUGUGUUGUGGAUUCCAAGGGAUGCAAGGGGUGGCCCUGUGGGAAGGGGGUGGGCCUUGGGCCCCUUAGGUGCCUACUUGCCGGGCUGGCAGAGCAGGGAGGGGAGGUUGCUGACAACUCAGUGGAGCCCGAGGUUCUGGUGACUCACGGCAGUGGGGGUGGUUCCUGAAAACCAGAGGCGAGGGGCCCAGCCUGCUAGUGCUCUCGUCACCCCAGUUCUCCCCAUUCUGAGGUCUGUGACAGGGAAGGUACCAGCUGUGAAAAGGGCCAGGGGACCGGGGAGCUUGACCGUCUCCAGUGAGGAGCUUCCAGAGGAAAGGCUAGGAGAGCCCGGUUAGCCUCGCCCUGCUCUCUGCAGGCUGCCUGAGUGCAUGUGCGGGAGCAGCCCGGUCCUCACCCUCCCCGCACCCCAUGUCUUUUCCCAGGAGAGGACAUAGCUACUACUCCCUGCCCUCAUCUGCCUGCCUAGAACCCUGGGUAGCCAGCUGACACCAACUGCUUAGAACAUACAUAUAUACAUAAAGCCCUACUGCCGCCAGACCAGAACAUGGACAGAUUCUCACCUCCUCUCAGUACUAUUCGUGCUGUAGAAACCUGGGAUGAGAGAGGAGCAGCUAGGGGCUUGGGCUGGCUGGACAGGCCAUGGCAGACUGGGAAUGGAGCAGAACUGCAGGUAUUCAAAAGUGCAGAUGUCCUCCUUGUUCCAGGCCAGGCCUUCUCCAUCCUUUUUGGAUCUGGAAGGAUGGGACACUGCUGGAGAUCACACCAGGAAAAAGAAACCAGCAAAUGGAUCCAUAGAACCAUUCAUGCCCCAACCAUAGUCCUGGGGACUGGGGCUGGACCUGGCCAAGGAAACAGCCAGGGCUCUUGGGCACUGGUGUAUCUGCACCCGUGAAAUAAAGACGCUGGUAUCUGGCCCAGAGGAUGGGCUAGAGGAAGGGAGUCCGUGACCGAGCCUGAGUUUCUAUUUGCCCACUUAUGUCCCUUCUGUUGCUAGCAGCUCCUGCAGCUAGGGUGAGGGGCCUGCUGCCCAGCUGCCCCUAAUGAUCCAGAGAUGGUUUUGGUUGGAAAAAGAGACCGUGCACACUUAAUCCAGGCUAGCGGGGUCAACCGUAUGUACCCCCUUUCUCCCUGGCAGCACAAGAAGCCUAGGGAGCCCAGGACAAAGCUCAGUCCUGGGAUGGGAUAUGUAGUUCAGCGGCAUAAGCGCCUGCCUGGCAAGCGCAAGGUCGUGAGUUUGAUUCCCAGUACCAAAAAAAAAAAAAAACACAAAACAGCUCAGUCCUGACUAACCCAACACAUCCCUAGGUUCUGGGUAUAAAAGGGGCACUGCGAAGGGGCGCUGAGUGUACCAGGUGGGGUGUAGGCAGGUGUGGGGAGUUGAGCACUAGGACAGGUAAGAGUUGCUCUUCCUGCCACAUGCUCCUGAUCCUUCUCCUCAGCCCCGGCUCUCUUCCCCUUUUCUUUCACAUCUCACUAGCAAACUCUUCUGGCCACCUCUGCUCCUCGCUACCUCGUCCCCUCUAGACUGAGAGGACACAGUAAGUGCUGCUCUGUUCUCUGCACUUUUCUCUCACACUUUCUUCAGCUCUUCCCAGCGCCCUGCUGAAAGCUAUCUGCUUCUGAGUCCUUUCCAUCCGAGAAUGCCAUCAGGAUCUGAACCCUGGCUCCCAGAGUCUGCUGCUUCCCCGAUCCUGCGGAUGUCCGUGGGCUGGGAAAGACUCAUCUAUCUUCACCCUGGCCCUCAUGUAUGCCCAGGCCGACACUGGUGUGUGCACUGGCAUCAAGGGCCCUGCCUUGGAGUAGAGGGCAGCCCUAGGUGUGCGCUGGGGCCCCAGCGCUGAAUGCGUGUGUGCCUGUGCAUUGGGCACACUGGUUUAUUAGUGUUAUUUCAGCAUUGUGAUGCAGAGAGAGUAAGUGUAACAGCUGCUCCUUGCUUGCAGUGUUUAUUGUUACCUAGAGACAACCUCUUGGCUUUUUCCCAGAUCCCCCUCCCCCCAGCCCAACCCCCUCCCUGCCGACAAUCCUGCUCUCCCUACACUGAUGGGAAAUUUAUAGCUUGCCCAUACUAUGCCUUUAACCCUCUCCUGUCCAUCGGGCAGAUGGGCCAGGGAAGCCAGGAUGAGCAGUGGGAAUGCUUGGGCCCCAGCAGGAUUAAACAAUGUGUGGGAGAGGGAGGAAGGAAUGACACGUCCCCUCCGUUCUGUGUGUCCAGCCAAGGCUCAAGGGGAUUGAAUUCAGCACUGAAGAUCACAUAGCUGGGAGAUGAUAGAGCUGAAAACCAGAUGAGCUUGGCUCUAAAACCUGUGAGCUUUUCUCUUCACCAACAGCCUCUGAACCUGUCCCAGCCCCUGGCACCGAUUUCUUGCCCAAGUGGACAUCAGCAAUCGAGGGGUAGGUGCACAGAGUCGAGAGGACGAGGCCCAGCCUCCAGUGAUUGUGACUCAAGCUUUCUUGUGCCAAAGCCCCCUUAUUACCCCUCUCUAACCCCCUCCAGCUCUGACCCUUCUUUCAAAAGCCUGGAAUCCCCCUUAGUUUUCAGCCCCUGCCAACUACUGAUGCCUGGAAGGGUGGCACGGUGCCUAGACUUCAGGCAGGAACUAGCAGAUAACCGAAGCGGAGGGACAUCUGGAAGUCACCUCUCCAAGCCCUCUGCCCACACCCAGGCCGGCCCAGGAGGGCAGAUCAGACAGGGUCAGGUCAGUGCGUGGCAGAGGGCGAGGUGGCCACCUCCUCCUCCCGGUCCCUUUCUCCAGCCUCAUUUCUUACAUCAUAUUGGGAAGUCCCCACUCAGCUCUAACCCUUCCAGGUAAGCACAACCGCAACUGGUCAGUGGCCCAGGCCCUGGAGUCUGCAAAAAGUAAAAUGAGGUUUUUGGCUAAGUCUUUUCACCUCUCUGGCCCCCUCAUUCUUCAUGUGUAAGGCGGGACGGGUAAAGGUGAUAAUGAGAACGCCCGUCUCGCGGGGCUGCUGGCGGGAAGGGCGACAGAGCAGAGCCCGGGGAGAAAGCGUCCAAGCCACGACUUGGAGUGGCAGGUGCUGCAGGAAUAUUCUGUAACAGCCCUUCAGCCCUCCAGCCAAAUCCCCUCCGUCCUGGGUAGCACCGGCUCCUGCUCACCUCCGCCAGUCUGGUCUGCCUUGCGCGCUAGACUGUGAACUCUUCUUGGCAGGAUCUUGUUCAUUUUUAAUCACCGCGCGUUCCCCUCCCCAGCGUCUAGCCCGCGCUUGGGCAUGCAGGCCCAAUAUGCCCUCAAUAAAUAAGCGAGCGAGGGUGGGAGUCAGACCCCCUAGUCCUGACUGCCGGCCUGAGCCCUCCUCCGUAGGACCCUUUCCCCCUUGGGAACCGGCGGCGGUGACGGUGGCAGGGAAAAGAGGCGCUGCGGCUUUAAGAUUUCUCCUGGGCGUCCGGUUGCCAAGGCGCGGUUGCCAGGGGCUGCGUAGGGCGGUGUCCAGGCCUAGCACGCGGUUCCGCGCUUCCGCCGCCGUCGCCGCCGCCGCCACCGCCCGGCCGCGGGCUCGGCUGCUCCGAACCGUCUGGCGGACUUGGCACCGGCCCCCACUCCUGGUGCCCCCGCGGUGCGUGGCAGGCUGCGGCUUCAUUAUCCUGAUUGAUUCCUCCUGCUCCCCGACACCGUGGGGGCCCCGGCCGAGGAGGGGGGCGGAGGCAGCAUCUGCGGGCCCCUUCCCGGCUCGCCGCCCGCAGCCCGGCUCGCAGCGGUCCUGGCGGCCCUUGCCCCUGCCCAGGAGGAUGCGCAGGGCUGGGGUGCAGAAGGAGCGCGGGGACAGACUGAGAACUUGGCGGAGAGCGAGCCUGGCAGAACGGAAAAGCCUUGAUUUAUUCAUCUGCACAAUGGGUUUGAGGCCUCUGAUUUGUCAAUGGCUCCAUGGAAUAACAGGUCACAUGUGGUCGUCAGGACCCUACCUAAGUUCCCUGGCCAGAGUAGAAAGCCAGCUGAGGGCUGCCCGCACCCCUGUGCUGUCCUGGGGGCUCUCUGGCGGGAGGGUGGCCUUCUAGCUUCUAGAACCUUCUGCGCUGUGAUGCUGUCUCCCCUCCGCCAGCGUGGCACUCUUGCCCUGGACUAUUCAACCAGAGUCGAAUUACUUUCCUAUGGAAAAGACAGAUCCUGGAAUGUUCAUCACAGUAGAAGCAGCCCCAGUUUGGGAGGGAAGACGCCAGGGAGGGUGUUUCCCUCUGGAGCCACGUGGGCCCCUCACCGUGGUGUCUCCAGGCAGAAGAGGGAGCCACAGCCGCCUAGUGGCUGCCAGGGAGGCUGGCAGGAAGAGGCAUCUCCACCAGGCGUCUCCUGGGAAACAGCAAGCUCCCCAGAGAAGGGACAUUUGCAAAUAAAAGUCCUGCCUGCGUUG